CUAGCAACACAAACAAAGCGCGUCAAUCCAUCCACAGCACAACAUUAUAAACUCCACCCAGCUACAUUAUCAAACAACAUCAAAAGAUCCACGAUAAGGUAUCAAAUCUGCUGUGCGAAAUACAUUGGGGUACAGCUCAUAAUUUGAUCGUCGCAUCACGAUAUUUGAGAUGGCUCGAACAUCUGCGCGCUCGACGUCGCAAGAUAUCCCCUCCUCACCACCCAAACGCGAAAGUCCUAUUCGAAGAGUGACUCGAUCAACUCGUCACCAAAGUGUAGACUUGGAUGAGUCCCGUAAUAAUGGAGGAAGUGUUGAGCGUGCGGAUAGUGAGGAGGAGCAGAGAAUUCCCAAAGGUGCUCGCAGAGUUGGAGUUGCGCGCAGGUCAGGUUAGUAUUCUUUAUAUUGCCUUUGUUAAUUAUUCCUUACAAAGUUUAGACUUGUCAAUACUUGAAGAAGAUAGCGAAGUCUCGCCCGAAGAGGAUGAGGAAGUAGAAGAAGAAGACGAAGACGAAGACGAGAUAGAGGAGGAUCCCGAAGCAACCAAGGUUGCAGAUUUUCAAGUAUAUGAUUUAGAGCAUGGUGAUCGUAGUAAUUUGUCAGGUGAAACGCUCAACACAUCACAUACCGUACGAGUUAUGCAAGCAAUCGACUCCAUUUCGGCUAUCGAGACUCUUCCGGACCUUUAUGAUACUGCUUGUAAGAUUAUCAAUAAAUCCACGAAAAAAGAUGUCCGUCCAAAAGAAAUGGGCCGCCAUCUUAGGUCUUUGAAAACACUUUUUGAUACUUUGGAAGUUAACAAAGAGCCAUAUGGAGGAGAACAAUUCAUCGAGGUUGACAUCGUGAAACAAAAGCUGUCUGGAUCAAUAGACUCUGUGGAUCAUAGUUCAGAAGGCCUCGGAGAUAAAGCUAUUCCUGUUACUGCGAUUCUUCAAUCGGCAAAUCUUGCAACUUUGGUUGGCCAAGUCAAUCAAUUGCGCAAAGAUGUUCAAGCUCCCGAAGAAGAACUGAAGGUAUUUCUCCAGUCUUUAGAUAAAACCUUCCCUCGCCCAUUUGUAUCGGAGUUUGCUGAGCCUUUGGAUGAGGACUCUGAAGACAGCAAAUUAAUCAACAAAACUUUCGACAUGGUGUUAGACAUACGAACUCAGCUGUUCAUAACUGCCUCACAUCAGCUAGAAACGGACCCGGCGUUCGAUCCAGAUCAUCUUCUAAGAUCGUAUUUUCUCGAUAGCGCAGAUGGGGGAGAAAUCUGUGGUGUUGAUUUUAAGGUUAUUGGUCUGAAAGGGCAAAGUGAGAGGACCGACGAGAGGAUAGAUCUCAUCCGUGACACUUUCAUGCCUGCAGAUGAGGCUACAGGCCCUGGCGAAUACAUCGACUUUGGCAGAUUGGAAGUAUUGUUCCCCAGGUCUGAGUUCUUUAAUAAUCUUGUCGGAUAUAGCCAAGACCGUUUGGCAGAGGUCGAGAAGAUUGUGGACAGCCGAGGCGGUAUCGAGAACGUGAUGGAGCCACUUAAAGAUCUUGUAAAAGAUCUUGCAUCCGAUGGCGAACCUUCUAUUAAUGUAGACUACAAACAGGAUGUUGUGGAUCGUGACGAUAGUUCAAUAUCGAAAACCAAGGCCUCUCCGCCACCUCGAAAACCAAGAAAAGAGUAAGAAUUCCUUGCCAAUUUAUUAUUCCAUCCAAACAGCUAAAAAUCGGAUCGCCACUAAUAAUAUUCCAGGCCUCAUGCUGACCUAAAGGCUAUAUCGAAGCUCAUGAAAUUCAGAAGUCAAGGUGAUAGAGUAGGCCCCUCUAGACCCGACUCUAGCACAAAUGCUAAGUCUAACAUCCGCGGUCCAUCACGGAUACAAUCAGAGGGGCAACAGGAGGAAUCUGAAAUCACAAGGAAUUUCAAGAAAUUUACAAGUUCACAGGAUAAAGAGAAUAGACGUCCUGACCAACACCAGGGAUCCAGAGGUGCUACGGUGCCAGCAGAUACUUCACGGCGCGCAAUGUAUAGAAAGCAUCCCAAUGGUGAAAGAGUGGAGUGGAAUGAGGAUAGUCAAGGGUUUCUAAUAGACUCUCAGCCAAGGAACAACAAGCGCAAAGGUCCCCUUCCUCCGGAUGAUGAAGCUGAUAGUUCGGAUCAAGGCUUUCAAAGCGAUCAGAGAGCAGCUGAACCUACAGCUCGUCAGCGCAGGGUUAGGGUAGAUGAUGAGGUACUUCAUCAACCAAUAAAUCACAAGCGGAAAGCUUCUUCUCCACCAGCAGCGCAACCAAAUGGCAAGGGAGUCUCCUCAGAAAGAAACAACAAGCGCAAAGCUUCCUCAUCUCCAGCUGUCGAGCCGGAAGACGAAGAUCAUAGCUCGGAUCAAGGCUUUCAAAACCAUCAGAGAUUAUCUAGACCCAUGGCCCGCCCUACCAAACGAGCACGUACCGAAGCAGGUGAAAGUUCCCGGGCACAAAAUUCACGUGGUGGGAAUAGGUCUCGAGAAGUCCACUCACCACUUGUCGUCGAUGAUAAUGACGAUGUUGAUGAGGUGCACAAUCAAUUUGCCCUAGUACGACAAGACCAACGCAGAAGAGAGAAAUCUCGAUCGUACCAAGUCAGACGCAUGUCACCAGGUCGAUCAAGAGGACGUUCAGUGACAAACCAAGACGAUGAUGAAGGCAGCCUACGACUGCCUGCUGAUGAAUAUUCAGACGAAACGUCAUUUCCAUUCACCCAGGCCACUGCUCGUGCUAAUGCAAGAGUACAAGCAGCCAAAACUGGCUUCAAUAAGGCACAAACUCGUACAGAAUGGUCUGAUGGCGAUACCCAGCUUCUCAUUGAUUACAUCAGUGGAAUCGGACCGAUGUGGGCAGAGAUUGAAAGACGUGGUGAGUUUGAACGUGCAAACAUUAGCCAGGUUGGUUUGAAGGAUAAGGCGAGGAAUAUCAAGGUUUCUAUGCUAUUGUAAGUGAAAUUAACCCUAACCCUAAACUUAACCCUAGCCCUACCUUCGAAUAUGCACAUCACUGUUACUAAUAUUUAUAUCAAUACAGGGCCGGUCAAAAGCUUCCGCGAAACUUCGAAGGGGUUAAACUAAAUGUAAAUUUGAUCAAAAGGAUAAAGACUACAUGGCCAAAUUACGAUCCAUAUACCGAAACUGGAUAUGGUGCAUUCUAACUACAUGGACAUCGCUCAAAGCGGCAGAACGUGCUUCCAUGAGUUGGCGAUUUUUGUUGAUACACAGGAUUGAGUAAGGGUAUCUACCUAAAAAGGUCUAAUUCUUUAUUUUCUUGUUUGCGAACCGAUUGCACAGAACGGACCUUUGGAUAGAAAGGAUCAGUAUUUACUGGUUCCUAAAGGUAUCACAUAUGGCGGGUUAGUGAAGUUUGGCUGGGUUUAUGGCGUCUGGAUGGACGGGAUAUUGGUAGGAUGAUUAUGAUUAUGAAUAUGAAUAUGGAUAUGGAUAUGGAUUUGUUUUACAGGCGAACGUCAUUGUAUUUUGAGGGACUGGCAUGGCUAAAUGUGUGGUUCCGGGGAGUUAGAGGAGUUUGUCUUUAUGAGGAUGGGACGGACGGGGAAAGCAAUGCAUUUUCUUUGAUACGACAUUGUAAUGAUUUCAUAAAA